AAUCAAUGAUCCAUAACUACACAGCUCAAAGCCCGUUUGUCUCGUCGUCUUCCUUAGGCAAAAUCCAAGCCUACUACUCACUGAGAGGGGUCGCAUAGUAACCCCGAAAAGCACCCGAGCCAAACAAAACAGUACAAAAAAAAUCGCCAUUUUUGAGAGUUAAAACUAAAUUUUUUUUUACAGAAAGGACUUUUAAUAGAGAGGGACUCGACUACUCGCUUAUGGCUAGCAUUUGUAUCGUAUUAUAUAGUCAAUUCAUGUCGUCUGGAUUGAGGGCAAGACAUGGUUAGUUCAUGCCGUUUUGAUUGAGGGCAAGGCGUUGUGGGAAGGUUCGAAGCUUCAAAACCCUAAGAGAUAGAUAAACAAAGCUGUUGAAGAGAGUGGGGACGUUUCAGUUACACCUCGGUGCUUUGCCCUAGCUCCCAAUUAUUCGAUCGCAUAUCCCAAUUCAGGUAAUCACCAAUAUAUUCUUUCUUAUAUUGAUGGGAGGGGCCAGCCUGUAGAUAAUGCAUGGCUGUAAUUCAGGAUCCGCUCUCUUAGUAAAUGCUGAGGUUGAUUUCAUGGGAGGGGUUGUUGAUGGUGGAGUUGGGAUUGGUGUCCAAACCUCUCCACGCAGAUCAUCCAUUGAGAAGGCUCAAGCAGAGUUGAGACAUGAGUAUGAUGUUCUUGAGGAAAGAAGAAAGGAACUAGAAUUUCUUGAAAAAGGUGGAAAUCCCUUGGAUUUCAAAUUUGGCAAUACAGAUUCAGUUAGUGUCCAAUCUACUUCCUUCACUGAUCGACAAGCACAAGAUUUUGUAACUAGUGAAGCAAAAGGUAGUUUUGCGCCGACUGCCUCACCUCAUGGCGAUUCUGUAGAGAGUAGUGGUAGACCAGGGGUUCCUGUGAUUUGUGAACCCAAUAGUGCCGAUAAUCUAUUACUUUUUGAUGGAGAAAAUGAGUUGCCUGAAGGUGAAAGGAAGUCUAUGGAUCCUCGUAAGAGGAAUACUGUUGUUCCAUCAGAGCAAUCUUCACAGAUGGAUGGGACUCAAAACGUUAAGGAGUCGGGAGAUUCAACUAUUUUUCGCCCAUAUGCUCGAAGGUACAGGUCCAAAAUCAAACGAGAUGGAGCUCGAUCGGGUUCUACAGAUAUUAUCCAGGGUCGAGUUGGUCAUGGUUCUUCUUUACCUACAUGUGGAGCAUCAAAGGAUGCGAAGGCUUUGACAUCUGAACCAAAUAAACAAAAGGACAAUAACGUAUCCUCUGUUAAUACCACAAAAUCUGCAACUUCUGAUGUUGAUUUGGCUUCAAAGGUGAUAACUUCUGAUAAUCAACUGAAUAUGGAGUUUGAUGGUGAGAAGGCUGCGGAAGAAAUGUCUGGCCAGUCAAAGGGUGAUCUACGUGAAAGCAAGGUCGAUAUCAUAGCUUCCAAAACAUUGAUAAAUGACCUGCCUAAGGAACCUGCUCAAAUGGAAGCUCAUACAUCUCCAAUUGGUUUGGCUUUUCAGGAACCUAAUCUUGUUGGAGGGAAGGAGCAGAUGGUUUCAGCCAGUAUUGAAUGUCCACCUGGUGCAGGCACAAGAAAAGCUGAGAAUGAAACUAAUUCCCAUCAGCUAAAUGGGUUUGGUAAUUGCAAAAGAGAUAUUAAAAACAUAACAAAUGAAGGGCAAAAUAGCAGUGAGACAAUAGGGACAAAGGGCUUGGAUUCAGAAUCAUCUUGCACUAAAAAAAGCUCAAACUUAGGCUUAAACAAUGAUAAUGAUGUGUGUAUUGAUCCAAAAAAAAUUUAUUCUAAUGGAAAGCCCGUGGAACAAACAUCAGAAAAGAAAGAGUCACUGGACUUAACUGUUGGUGAAUUGGCAAAAGAAAAGAAAGAGAUCAAGGCUGUUGAUAAUGAUGCUGUCUUUUGUGAUGCUAAUACUUCCAUGAGUAAGAAUCACUUGCUUAAUGAUUCCACUGUCAAUGUGGAGGAAGAAGUAAGAUCUGAAUUGCAAAAUGAGGUAAGUUGUCCUUCCAACGAGGUGAUGCAAAGCAGUCAUGCUGUAUCAGAAGCUGAGAGGAAAGUUAGUACUGUUCAGGGUGAUAAUUCUAAUUCCAACAUAGAAAAAAAUUGUGCAAGUAGGCCGCAAGGCACAAUGGAUAAUUAUAUUUGUGAGAUUCCUGAGAGGAAUUUGUUAGGAAUAGUCUCUACUGCUACUGCCGAUACUCGAACUAGUUCGGAUAAUCAUGUGAAAGUGGUUGACAAGGCACAUGAAGAUUCCAUUUUGGAAGAGGCACGGAUCAUAGAGGCUAAGCGUAAAAGGAUUGCAGAGCUAUCUGUUGGUACCUUACCUUCAGAAAACAGUAAAAAAUCUAACUGGGACUUUGUCCUUGAGGAAAUGGCAUGGUUAGCAAAUGAUUUUGCUCAGGAGCGUCUUUGGAAGAUGACUGCUGCAGCUCAAAUUUGUAGGCGUGUGGCUUUUAAUUCUCGAUUGAAAUUUGAAGAAAAAAAUCAACAUUGGAAACUAAAAAAAAUAGCUUUAACCCUUGCUAAUGCAGUCAUGGACUUUUGGCAUUCAGCAGAGGUGCUUCUAAAUAGUAAGAAUGCAAGUCUUGAUACAAAAAUCUCUGGCAAUGACUUGGUGGGAUCAAGGUCCACUGAGGUUACUGAGACUACGACUACAGAACUUGAUGGGGAUGCAAAGGAGGGCCAGCAGCACACUGAAAAGAACAAUGAAUUUGCUAUCCGGGGUUAUGGUCUUAGAUAUUUGAAAUAUAAUAGCUCCUCAGUUCCAUCACUUCUAGCUGAAGCACCAGCAACUCCUGAUAGGGUAUCUGAUUUGGCUAUUAUGGACAUUUCUUGGGAUGAAUACCUAACAGAAGAAAGCCUUUUCUUUGGAGUUCAGUCUGGAGCUAUGGAAACCUACCGAAGAUCUAUUGAAUCUUAUUUGGUACAUACUGAGAAAACUAGGAGUGCUGUACAAGAGGGGAUUGAAAUGUCUGCUUAUGAUGCUGGAGCAGAGUUUGGAUAUGACGACUUUGUUUAUGAUGAGGAUGGAGAAACAAGUACAUAUUAUUUGCCUGGAACCUUUGAGGGGAGACGAUCAUCAAAAUUAAACCAGAAUAAGCUAAAGAACUUAAUGAAAUCAUAUCCUGCGAGGCAUUAUAAAAUGGCUGCUGAUUUACCAUAUGGAAACUGUGCUCAAUCGUCCAUGGUGAUGGGAAAAAGGCCAGGCAAUAAUCUAAAUGGGGGUCCAAUUCCGACAAAACGAGUGCGCACUGGCUCCAGGGAGAGGGUUUUAAGUCCCUUUAGCAGUGCAGCUGCUGCUGGGGAUUUACAGGUUCCGACCCAAAAUGAUGCUUCUAGUGGAGAUACUAAUUCUUUCCAGGGCGAUCAGAGUACAGUGCAUGGAGGAUUACGGACCCAAAACAGAGUGGAGGUUGAAUCUAUUGGAGACUUUGAAAGGCAGCUACCAUAUGAUUGUGCAGGAACACCAAGAAAACCUAAAAAGAAGAAAAAGGCCAAGAAUCUCGGUUCUGCAUACAAUCAGGGUUGGCAGCUGGAAUCUCCUGUUCACAAUGAGCAGAGAGAUUAUUCCAAAAAGAGACCAGAGAGUCAUCAGCUUGAUUCUAAUGGAACCAGUGGUUUACAUGGACAAUAUAAUGCCAAGAAGCUGAAGAUAAUGAAGCAACAGCCUGAUAGUGCUUAUGACAUCAUCCCUCCCAAUGGAUCCAUCCCUUCACCAGUAGGGUCCCAGAUGAGUAAUAUGUCCAACCCAAGCAAAAUCAUUAGAUUAAUUCAUGGCAGUGACAGGGGUAGAAAAGCCAAAACACCCAAGAUGUCUACUGGUCAGCCUGCUCCUGGUAGUCCAUGGUCAAUAUUUGAAGAUCAGGCACUUGUUGUCCUUGUACAUGACAUGGGUUCAAAUUGGCAGCUUGUAAGUGAUGCCAUCAACGGUACCCUUCAAUUUAAGUGCAUAUUUCGCAAGCCUAAAGAAUGUAAGGAACGUCAUAAGAUUUUAAUGGGUAGGAGUGGAGAUGGAGCUGACAGUGCAGAUGAUUCAGGGUCCUCGCAGCCAUAUCCAUCAACCUUGCCUGGCAUUCCGAAGGGAAGUGCCAGACAGUUGUUUCAACGUUUGCAAGGGCCGAUGGAAGAGGAUACUCUGAAAUCUCAUUUUGAGAAAGUUAUACUUAUUAGUAAGAAACAGCACUAUCGACCGAGUCAGCAUGAUAAUCAGGAUCCGAAGCAGAUAGUUCCAGUCCAUAAUUCUCAUGUUAUUGCACUUUCACAAGUCUUCCCAAAUAACUUAAAUGGAGGGAUUUUAAUGCCUCUAGAUCUAUGUGAUGCCACUGCAUCAAGCCAAGAUGUUCUACCCUUUGAAUAUCAGGGUUCUCAUAUAAGUGGUUUAGUUGUGUUGAGUCAAGGAGAUGUUGGAUCAAUGCUUCCUGCCUCUGGAGGAAAUUCCUCCCUGCAGGGAUCUUCUGGCAUGGUUGUUGGAAGUAAUUUAUCAUCACCAUCUUCCCCACUUAAUGCAGCUGUGAGGGAUGGUAGAUAUGGUGUUCCUAGAACACCUUUGCCUGCUGAUGAGCAGCACAGAAUCCAACAAUAUAAUCAAAUGUUAUCCGGAACGAAUAUUCAGCAGUCCAAAUUGUCUCCCGCCGGGACUGUUUCUGGAUCAGAUCAUGGUGUUCGUAUGCUACCUGCUUCAAAUGGUAUGGGCAUGAUGUCUGGAAUAAAUAGAAGCAUGUCAAUGUCAAGGCCAGGCUUCCAAGGAAUUGCUGGGCCAGGUUCUGGCCAAACCAACUCAAUGUUGAGACGACAUGACACCGCGCACAUGGUGCGACCUGGCCACAAUCCAGAGCAUCAAAGGCAAUUAAUUGUACCUGAGCUCCAUAUGCAGGCCCAAGGGAACAGCCAGGGAAUUCCUGCUUUCAAUGGGUUGACUUCUUCUUACCCUAAUCAUCCUCAACAGCAGCAAAUGCCUCCACAGCAGCCCCAUGCACAGAGUAAACCUCAUCAUGCAACUGGGUCACAGCAGCAAGUAUAUGCCAUGCGCUUAGCUAAAGAAAGGCAAAUGCAGCCACAGCAACGGUUUGUUGCAUCUAGCACUUUGAUGCCACACGUUCAGCCUCAGACACAACUUCCCGUCUCUUUUCAGAAUAGUUCCCAUAUUCAAUCUCAAGCAUCACCCCCCUUGACAUCAACUUCACCAAUGACUCCUAUCUCAAUGCAGAACCUACAGAAACACCACUUGUCCCCUCGCGGGAUAGGUAGGAACCUCCAACUUGGUUCUAGUGGGUUGAACAAUCAGAUAGGCAAGCAACAGCAGCAGCAGCCUCUACAGCAACAGUUUCAACAGUCUAGCAGGCACCAUCCUCAGCAACGCCAACAAAUGCAGUCUCAGCAGCAACCUAAACCUUUGAAGGGAGUGGGAAGAGGGCUGAUGCAUCAGAAACUUUCUGCUGAUCUUGUUCAUCUUAAUAGUGUUGGCAUUACCCCAGGCAACGAAGGUGCCGAGAAAGGAGAGCAUACGAUGCAAUUAACACAAGGUCAUGGCUUGUAUUCUGGGCCUGGUGUGAGCCCUGUCCAACCAUCUAAACCUCUAGUUUCUUCUCAACCUUUGACCCAUUCCCGGCCACAGCAAAAGCUAAUGUCUGGGGCAGCAGCACCUUCUACAAAGCAAGUCCAGCAGGUGGCUACAGAUUCUAAUAAUAUUUCCCAAGGCCAGGUGUCCCCAGUACCUUCUGGUCAUACACUAUCAUCUGUGAAUCAAUCUGUGCCGCUAGCAGCUAUGGGUUCACGCCAGCAACAUUUGCAGCUACAGUCACAGCUGAACCAAAAGCAGGCUAAUCAAAACCAACCAAGUGUUCAAAAGAUGCUUCAACAGAAACAAGUGAAUUCUGAUUUGGCCAGCAAAUCUCAAGCUGAGCCAGUUCAAGCUGAUCAACAUCCCAGGAAGAAUGCUUCACAGAUGGGUGCAACCAAAACCAUGGCGAUGCAUCAGGAUGAUACUGAUUUAGUUAAUAACAUGAUACCUGUUGUUUCUCAGUGGAAAUCACUUGAACCAGUGUAUGAUCCUGGUAGGCUAAAUGUGGCCUCUGAGGUGGGAUCCGCAGGUAGCACUCCUCUUACAACUUCUCCUAGUAGAGAUCCGGGACCUCUUGUCAGACAAGGGCUAGGGCAGAUACAAUUAUCAGGUGGCUUACCCCCUCAUGGGAGUAAUGCUGGAGCACAGUGGUCGCAACAGCCACAGAUGCAACAAUCUCCCACACCACCACCUGCUCGACAACAUUACCAGCCACAAGGGCAAUUACAACAAGAUCAACGUAAUUCUCCCCCACAACAGUUGCCAUUGCAGCAGCAGCCAGAAGCACAACAGCAAAGUCUGCAUCUGCAAUCAGUACAGGGCAGCUUGUAUCACAGGCCUUCUAAUUCUAAGUUAGAAUGAAGUAAUAUAGUUGAUGGAGCAGUUCUGACAGCGAUGGGUCCUGCUAGGGUUGGGUUUGCAUGCCCUUGUAACAGCACUGUAAGAUGAAGCCGGUUAAUCCAUAGGGCAUAGCGAUGUGGAAAUAGGUCAUUGCUAUUUGCAGGUUAGAAAUUCAUUGAUAAAAGGACUUUCUAUUUUUGUUUCUACUUUUUUUUUUGGGUUUUGGGGGAUAAUGUAUAUGGCUGUGUUAGACUAUAGAGAGGACGGAGACAGAUAUAGAGGCAUUUGUACAUAGGUCACAUCCCAUUUUCUUGGUGCUUUCUUCCUCUUUUUCCAUGGUCUCCAUAGAAGGGGUCUUAUUUCUUUUUGCCCCACUAGAUUAGUUCAUGUAUCCUUAUCCUUUCAGAUCAAUGUUAGUAGCAAUCAUUUUUAUGGGCAAAAGCCUUUGGAAAUUUU